AUGGAUGAGCGAAACUCAGCUGGCCCUGGAACAGGAAGAGGCCAUGCCAGCCAAACUGGGAGCAGUGGGGGAUUUUGGGAAAACCCAGUGCAGAAGAUCCUGGGUGAGGAGGACACUCUAUGCUCAGAGGUGCAGAGCCAGCAGUUGAGGCAGUUCUGCUGCCCGGAGGCCAAAGGACCCCGAGAGGUUUGCAGCCGACUCUGCCACCUUGACCAUCAGUGGCUGAAGCCAGAAAGGCACACGAAAGCUGAGAUGCUGGACCUGGUGAUCUUGGAGCAGUUCUUGGCUGUCCUUCCCCUGGAGAUGGAGAGCUGGGUGAGGGAAUGCGGAGCAGAGAGCAGUUCCCAGGCGGUGGCCCUGGCCGAAGGUUUCCUCCUGAGUCAGGCAGAGGAGAGAAAGCAGGUGAGAGAGACUUUCCUCUGGAUACUCCCAAGGGGCUCCAAACAGGACAGAGAACAUCCCAUUAUGGUCUGCUGAUGGCCCAUCCGUUUUCUGGGAAAGCAUCCAUGGAAUGAGAUCUCACAGCCUUUCUCACCAUUCUCUGUUUUGAAUCCUUGUUUCUUUUUCAGGGAAAGGAUCUCUUUGCAGAAAUGGACUUGGAUUCUUGUAAGGCAGAGAAGCCUCCAUUGGACACCAGAGAGAGGCCCCUGGGUAAGGAGGAAGGUGGUUUUUCACAGUUUAGUCUCAUUCUGUUCGUUUUCCAACUCAUCUGGGGGUUCUUUUCAUCUUGUUUUGGGGGGAGACAGUUGGGAAGAAGGGUCCAGAGGAGGGGAGAUGUAUUUCUGCACAACUAACAUAUGAAAUGGGCACAAAUGUCCAAAUACUCUCAGCAGGUAAGGCUUUCUCAAAGGCCCAUGUGUAGUUAGAGAUGCCCUGUUUCACCUGUGAGAGAAGCCGGCACGUCUGGCAUCCUGUUUACCUUUUUUCUCUUGCAGGUGACAGAAUGAUGCCGGCAAGACCUCCUGAUCCAUCUUUUCAUGGGGACAGAAGGGAAGCAGCGGCUGUGGAACCAGAUCAGGUCAGGGGAAGCUGCCUUGUGGGGACAGAGGCUGAGAGAUGGAGCAGUGUCAUGGACUGGUUGGGCACAGAGGAAUGGUGGGAGGAUACAGCUGGGGAACCAGGAAGGGAAGAUGGCUGAGAGCCCAAGAAGUGGAGGUAGAAGAAGGAUGGGUGGUCAGAGCGGCAAGAGGGAGAAGCUUGGGAAGAGGAGGUGUCAGAAGCUGAAGGGGUUACAGGGGUUAGUGAGCUGGGAGACUCUGUGGCAGAAUGCAGUGCAGAAUCAGAGGCAGAAGAGGAAGGAGGCGAGUGGGAGAGGAAGGUCGAGAGGCAGAGGUGAGUCAGGAGAAGGAAGAGCCACAGGUGGCUCCCUCUCCUUUGCCAGAAGCCACCCUCCCUGCUUGUCUCUCAGAGCCAGGAGACCCCAUGCAAUGUAGGAAUCUCUGCUAGAUCAUCCAAGACAGAUGGCCAUCCAACAAAGGCUUAUUUUAUUUCUAGAUUGAUCACUGAAUGCUCAGAUUGGUUUCUAAGUAGUGGACAAAUGAGAACAAAUAGUGGCCUGGAUUCACCUAACCAGCCCCAUCUACUGCAAAAUGGGGCCUGCCUCCCAUUCCUACCCCUCUCCAUGCCCCCAUGAACCCCUGGAAUUUGGCUCUAGGGCAUAGGGAGGGAACUCCCCAGAACAGCUCAGGAGGAGAGGAGAAAGUGGACCCUUCCAUCAGGCAAACUGGAAUGCUUGUGUAGGCAGAAUGACUUGGAAAACACAAGGUGGAGUACCACCUAUUUGCACAAAGACGAAUACCCAUAAUUAAAACUUAGAAUAAAAUAAGCAUCCAUAAAUAAAAUGUGCAGCAAAGCAAUCCUGUUGAAACAACUCCCCUGCAUGAGUGUCUGAGGGCCCCGCUCCUGCUACUCACCACCUGGCCCAGGGUGGGACCUGACAGGCCUCAUAAGGAUGGUUGCUGCUGCUGCUGCUGGCCAGGAGGACUCGGAGUGGCAAUGUUCUUUUAAAAAUGUUUUUAAAAAUUUUCUUUUUCCCCUUUUGAUUACUUUUUUUUGUGGGGGGUGGGAUGGAUGUUUGGUUGGGCUCGGGAAUUUUUUUGAUUUUGAUGUGUUUGUAAUUGUUACAGUUUUCUGUUUGUAUUGUUUGAUUGUGGGUUUUGUUUUUUUUAAAGGGUUUUAUUUUGUUCUUAAGGGGAGCGGUCAGGGCUGCCGGGGAGUGGGCCCCAGCCCACAAAAUAGCUAGGGCAUGUUCCCCAAGGGGGAUGCCCUGGGACAACUGAUCUUAGUGAUCACGGGUAGGAGGAGGUGUUACGCUAAGACCAGACCAUGCCAUUACAGAGGAGGCAGGUUUAGUCGUUGUUUGAGGACUAUCCCUGCGUCUGGGUCUGGUCCUGACUGGACGGAUACUAGAAUCAGCAAGGGAUACCCACAUGACCUGAAGGUGCUGCUGUUCAAUGCCAGGUUAAUGAUUCAUAAAACCACUGCCAUCCAUGACUUGAUCAUAGAUGGAGGACUUGACCAGGCAUGUGUAACAGAGACUUGGUUGGAUGAAGCUGAUGGGCCUGUCCUUGCCGCUGCUUGCCCACCAGGUUUCACUUACACACAGCAACCCAGGCCUUGUGGGCGGGGGGGGGGGUUGCAGUGCCAUGGUCAGAUCACUUCCUGGUGCAACUGGACUUCUCCGCGACCCUUCCCCUCUGCAGGGAGGGGGGACCGAUUCGGAUGGUCUGCCCCCGCCACUUAAUGGAUCCAAAUGGUUUCCAGAGAGUGGUAGGGGAUGCUUUAUCCCAUGUUGAUGGCCUUUCAGCUGAUUCCCUGGUGGCCCGCUGGAAUGUGAAGUUAACCAGGGCUAUUGACUGUUUGGCUCUGAAGUGCCCUCUUCGAUUGAUGGAGCCCAGACAGCCCCGUGGUUUUCCACGGAUCUGAGGGCAAUGAAACAAUCGCUGAGAUGGCUCGAGCACUGGUGGCAGAUAACUCGUUCUGAAGCUGACCGGACACGGGUUAGAGCUCAAUGUCGAGCCUACCAAGUGGCGGUAGCAACGGCGAAGAAGACUUUCUUGGCCGCCUCUAUUGCAUCUGCAGAAAACAGCAGCAGGAGACCUUUUCAGGUGGUUCACAAUAUAACGGAACCACCUGCUACACCUGCCCAUACCAGUAUGGGCCACAUGAUCUCCUGCAAUGAUUUUGCAAAGUUUUUUGCAGAUAAAGUCGCUCAGAUUCAGGACAAGGUAGACUCCACCGUGGGAGCAGGGCUGGGGCAGGAGAAUGCUAGUGUCCUGUCUAGUCAAGUUGCGUGGGAUCAAUUCCAGUCUGUUACCUCUGAGGAUGUGGACAGGCUGCUUGGACGAGUUAAACCAACCACCUGUCUCCUUGAUCCUUGCCCAUCCUGGCUUAUAAAAGCUAGCCGGGAAGGGCUGGGCAAUGGGUUUCGCUGGGUCGUGAAUGCUUGUCUCUGUGAGGGAGCUUUCCCAGACCCGCUGAAAGAGGCGGUUAUCAAACCUCUUAUUAAAAAACCAUCUUUAGAUGCUGCCAACAUGGCUAACUAUCGCCCAGUCUCAAAUCUUCCAUUCUUGGGCAAGGUGAUUGAGCGAGUGGUUGCUGAACAACUCUAGGCACGCCUGGAAGAAGCAGACCAUUUGGAUCCCUUCCAGUCAGGAUUCAGGCCUCAUCAUGGGGACUGAAACUGCCUUGGUCGCACUGGUCGAUGAUCUCCAGUGGGCUAGGGACAAAGGUGAGAGCUGUUUCCUAGUUCUGCUGGGUCUCUCAGCAGCGUUUGAUACCGUCGACCAUAGCAUCCUUCUGGACUGUCUUGAGGGGCUGGGAGCUGGGGCACUGUCAUACAGUGGUUCCGCUCCUUCCUCCUGGGCCGUGUUCAGAAAGCGGUGGUGGGGGAUGAGUGUUCAGACCCCUGGCUCUCACUUGUGGGGUGCCUCAGGGUUCCGUCCUCUCCCCCAUGCUUUUCAAAAUCUACAUGCAGCCGCUGGGAGAGAUCAUCAGGGGCUUUGGGCUGGGUGCUCAUCAGUAUGCGGAUGAUACCCAGCUAUACCUCUCUUUCAAAUUGGACCCAGUGAAGGCGGUGAAAGUCCUGUUUGAAAGUCCUGUUGGAGGAUGGAUGGCGGCUAACAGAUUGAGGUUGAAUCCUGACAAGACAGAAGUACUGUUUUUGGGGGACAGGAGGCGGGCAGGUGUGGGGGACUCCCUGGUCCUGAAUGGGGUAACUGUGCGCCUGAAGGACCAGGUGCGCAGCCUGGGAGUCAUUCUGGACUCGCAGCUGUCCAUGGAGGCACAAGUCAAUUGUGUGUCCAGGGCAGCUGUUUAUCAGCUCCAUCUGGUACGCAGGCUGAGACCCUACCUGCCCGCAGACUGUCUCACCAGAGUGGUGCAUGCCUUAGUUAUCUCUCGCUUGGACUACUGCAGUGCACUCUAUGUGGGGCUACAACUAAUCUAAAAUGUGGCAGCUAGACUGGUGACUGGGAGCUGCCACCGAGACCAUUUAACACCGGUCGUAUAAGACCUACACUGGCUCCCAGUACGUUUCCGAGCACAAUUCAAAGUGUUGGUGCUGACCUUUAAAGCCCUAAACGGCCUCGGUCCUCUAUACCUGAAGGAGUGUCUUCACCUCCAUCGUUCUGCCCAGACACUGAGGUCCAGCGCCGAGGGCCUUCUGGCGGUUCCCUCGCUGCGAGAAGCCAAGUUACAGGGAACCAGGCAGAGGGCCUUCUCGGUAGUGGCACUCGCCCUGUGGAACGCCCUCCCACCAGAUGUCAAAGAGAAAAAUAACUACCAACCUUUUAGAAGACAUCUAAAGGCAGCCCUGUUUAGGGAAGCUUUUAAUGUUUAAUAGAUUAUAGUAUUUUAGUGUUUUGUUGGAAGCCGCCCAGGGUGGCUAGGGAAACCCAGCCAGAUGGGCGGGGUAUAAAUAAUAAAUUAUUAUUAUUAUUAUUAUUAUUAUUAACAGGAAGGAAAUAACAGAGCAUUGUGUUUGUUGUUGUUUAGUCGUUUAGUCGUGUCCGACUCUUCGUGACCCCAUGGACCAGAGCACGCCAGGCACCCCUGUCUUCCACUGCCUCCUGCAGCUUGGUCAGACUCACGUUUGUCGCUUCAAGAACACUGUCCAACCAUCUCGUCCUCUGUCGUCCCCUUCUCCUUGUGCCCUCCAUCUUUCCCAACAUCAGGGUCUUUUCCAGGGAGUCUUCUCUUCUCAUGAGGUGGCCAAAGUAUUGGAGCCUCAGCUUCACGAUCUGUCUUUCCAGUGAGCACCCAGGGCUAAUUUCCUUAAGAAUGGAUGCGUUUGAUCUUCUUGCAGUCCAUGGGACUCUCAAGAGUCUCCUCCAACACCAUAAUUCAAAAGCACCAAUUCUUCGGCGAUCAGCCUUCUUUAUGGUCCAGCUCUCACUUCCAUACAUUACUACUGGGAAAACCAUGGCUUUAACUAUACGGACCUUUGUUGGCAAGGUGAUGUCUCUGCUUUUUAUUUUUUAAAAAAAAUAAUAUUUAUUAACAGUUUAAGGAUUACAAAAAAAAAAGAAAAAGUUAAACAAAACAAAACAAAACCAUACAAUACAAUACAGAAACAAAAACACUACAUAAACACUAAGCUUAACAAAACAAAACAAAGACAAUUAAAAACACAUCGAAUAAUUUCAAUAUCUUAUCUUUCAUUCACUUAUUUCAGCGACCUCCUUGCACCUCCCUUUUUUGUAUUCCACUUCAGUUAACUGUUUCAGCAAAUCCUUUCCAUCUUCCUCAAUUUUCUGUCCUGUAAUUUAUCUUAACACAUUCUAACCUUAUUUUUCCCUUUAAUCCAUUAACAAUCUAUUUGUACUUAGUUCUUUGUAACAUUUCUGCUAAAGCCAUAUAACUUCAUUCCAGCAUUUUUCUAACAUUCAUUGAUUUUACAGUAUUUCUGUAAAUAAUCUUUAAAUUUUUUCCAAUCUUCUUCCACCGACUCUUCUCCCUGGUCUCGGAUUCUGCCAGUCAUUUCCGCCAGUUCAGUGUAGUCCAUCAACUUCAUCUGCCAUUCUUCCCAGGUGGGUAAAUCUUGUGUCUUCCAAUACUUCGCGAUGAGUAUUCUUGCUGCUGUUGUUGCAUACAUAAAAAAAGUUCUAUCCUUCUUUGGCACCAAUUGGCCGACCAUGCCCAGGAGAAAGGCCUCUGGUUUCUUCAGGAAGGUAUAUAUAUAUAUUUUUAAGUUUUUUAUUUAUACAACAAGAAAAACAAACAAAAAAAACACAAAUACCGAAUUACACACAAAUUACAAAUUACAAAAAUAACCAUAGACACUUAAUAUUCUUAGCAAACAAUAAAACAUCUAUUGGUCUUAACACUAAAGACCCAACCUCCCGUCUAUUCCAUACUUCAAAUUCAUAUUACUUAUUGCCAAUACACUUUUUUUUUUAUAAUUAAACUUAUUCUCAUUAAAUCUAAUUUCUUAUAUCUACCUUGCAACUAUUACUGAAGUUCCUCGAAUGCUGCAACAGAAUUUAAACUACUAUAUUUAUUUUUCAGAUAUUCUUUAAAAACCUCCCAUUUAGAAACAAAUUCCUGUUUUGAUUUAUUUUUUAUUUUUUCUGAUAAACCAUCUAAUUCAGCAUAUUCUGUCAGCUUUUGGAUCCAAUCUUGAAUAGAGGGGAUUUCAUUACUCUUCCAUUUUGCUGCGAUCAAAACUCUUGCUGCCGCCGUCGCAUAUAAAAAGAUACCCUUCCUCUUUUGUGGAAUAUCCAAAUCUGUUAUUCCCAGGAGGUAGGCCUCUGGUUUUUUAUUGAAAGAGAUCUUUAGCAUUAUAGCAGAUCUGCAUGUAUACUCUCCCAGAAUACCUGUAUUUUCCUACAUAUCCACCACAUAUGGUAGAAUGUUCCUGAGUCUCCGCAUCUCCAACAAUUACUUGAUACAUUUUUAUACAUUUUUGAAAGCUUCCAUGGUGUUAGAUACCAUCUAUGUUGCAUUUUUGAAAGUUCUCUCUAAUCGUGUAACAAUUUGUGAAUUUCCAAUUGAUCUUCCAUAAAUUUUCCCAUUGGGCCAUGGUUAUUGAGUGGCCAAAAUCCUGGGACCACCUCACCAUUGCCACUGUUACGUCCUCCUCCUUGACUGUCCAGUCAAGGAGGAGUCGGUAAGUUUUGGAAAGAGUUUUUCUUUUAGAAUUUAGAAGAUCAGAUUCGAAUCGGGAAAUUUCUGUUGAGAACCCCUUUUGUUUGUCAGAUUUAAAUUUUUCAAAUAACUGAUGGUAUUGGAACCAUUGAAAUGUGGUCUCUUAUUUCCUCAAAGUUUUGUAAUUUUAUUUGGUUAUCUUCAUUUUUUAGAAGUAUUUUAUAUGUUGGCCAGCUUUCCUGAGUAUUUUUCCGUUUUACUGCUAUGGCUUCUACUGGAGAAGUCCACCACGGGACUUUAGGCUCCAUCAGGUCUUUAUAUUUUUCCCAUACAGCAAAGAGUGACUUUCUUAUUAUAUGGUUGGUAAAGUUUUUAUGAAUUUUCGCUUUUCCAUAUAUUAGGUAGGCGUGCCAUCCCCAACGGUUGUCAAAACCUUCCAGGUCGAGGAGGUCCGAAUCCUGCAACGUGCACCAAUCUUUUAGCCAGGUGAAACAGGCUGCCUCGUAGUAAAGUUUUAGGUCGGGUAGGGAAAAGCCUCCUCUCUCUUUUAUGUCUAUUAAGAUCAGGUGUUUAAUUCUAGGUUUCUUCCCUUCCCACAGGAAUUUGGAAAUUUCUCUUUGCCAUGUCUUGAGACAACCUGCUUCGCCCAGUAUUGGAAUCAUUUGAAAUAAAAAGAUUAAUUUUGGAAGUACAUUCAUCUUUAUAAUGGAAAUCCUACCCAGAAAUGUUAAUUUUAGUUUACUCCAGGUUAUAAAGUUUUUCUAAUCUCUAACCAAGUUUUGGUGUAAUUAUCCUGAAAUAAGUUUAUGUUCUUGGGGGUGAUCCAAAUACCCAGGUAUUUCGCUUUUGAGGAGAUUUUCAGGCCCAAUAUUUUUUCUAAAUCAUCCUUUUCUUCUGUGGUUACAUUUUUAACAAGCGUUUUUGUUUUUGUUAUAUUCAGGUUGAAGCCUGCCACUUCUCCAAAUUCUUUAAUCAAUUCCAGCACUCUUUUCAGACUUUCUUUAGGGUUUUCAGUCAUAACAAGUAGAUUGUCCGCGAAAGCUUUAAUUGUAUAUGUUUUGUUUCCCAGAGUGAUGCCUUUAACAAGCUGAUCCCUUCUUAUCUGAUUGUUCAAGACUUCCAUCACCAAGAUAAAUAUCAGUGGUGACAGUGGGCAGCCCUGUCUGGUUCCCUUGUUUAUUUUGCACUCCUCAGUAAUUCUUCCAUUGAUGAUCAAUUUUGCAUAUUGUUCCGAAUAGAUGGCAUUUAUUCCUUUACAAAUAUUUUCUCCCAGUCCGAUUUCUUCCAUUAAUUUUUUCAUAAACUUCCAGGACACAUUAUCAAAAGCUUUUUCAGCAUCCACCAACAUAAUAGCUGCUGGUUUAUCAAUUUUAAUAUCCAAAUAUUCUAAUACAUUAAUCACACAUCUAAUAUUGGAUUGCAUAAAUCGUCCGGGAAGAAAUCCAGUUUGAUCUUUAUGAAUUAUCUCUUUCAGCACCAUUUUUAAUCUAUUUGCAAGAAUGUCUGCGAAUAUCUUGUAAUCGUUGUUUAGCAGUGCAAUGGGUUUAUAAUUGGCCAUGCUUGAGGCAUCUGUUCCCUGUUUGUGGAUAAGAGUACUAAAGCUGUCCUUCCAGGUUUUCGGUAGCUUUCCAUUUGCCAAAAUGUUAUUCAUUAAGUCUUUCAUGGGAAGAAAUAAUGCUUGUUCUAACUUUUUAUAGUAAUUAGCUGGGAGACCAUCUGGGCCUGGUGUCUUUCCUACUUUUGAUCUCUGUAUAGCUUGUUGCACCUCCAUAGCUGUUAUUGGUGAGUUCAAGAUUUCAGUUUUUUCCUUAGGUAUUAUUGGUAGUUUAUUUUUGCCCAAAUAAUUAUUUUUUCUAGAGUCUCUGGACCUUCUUUAUAUAGUUUUCCGAAAAAACUAGCAAAGUUUUUACUAAUUUCCUUCGGUUCUUCAAUCCACUUGUCUUCAAUUUUAAUUUUAUUGAUAAUUCUAUCUUCCUUUUUCUUCUUUAAUUGCCAGGCCAAAAGUUUGCCAGGUUUAUUUGCAAACUCAAAAUUUCUAUGUCUCAACCAUUUUAUCUUCCAUUCUAUCUCUUCAUUUAUUAUCAUGGAGAAUUGCGUCUGUAAAAUUUUUAUACUUUGCUUAAUUAGUUCAUCAUCUGGUUUUUGGAAAAGGAUCCUUUCCUUUUUUCUAAUUUCCUCCCAUAUCUCCAUUUUCUUCUUCUCCCUUAUUUUCCUUUGGAAUGCGUUUUGUUGGAUAAAGAAGCCUCUUAUGACGGCUUUACCCGCAUUACAAACCGUCUCUAGAUGUACUCCUUGAUUUAAAUUGAACUUAAAAUAUUCUUCUAAGAUUUGCUUGGCCUUCUGUACAGUUUUUUCAUCGUUUAGCAUACUCUCAUUAAGUUGCCACCUUUUAACCUUUUCUUCUUUUCCUUUAAAGUUAACCCAGACCGCGCUGUGAUCUGAAAUUGUCCUUGGAUGAAUUUCUGCUUUUGUAAUAUUAUUUAAUAAAUCCUUUGUUGUCCAGAUCGCGUUGAUUCGUCCCGCCGAUUUGUGUGGCUCUGAAUAAUGUGUAAGGUAUAUUUUAAUAUGCUGUCUAGGUUUGCCAUCGCCUUUCUCCCAAGGAGCAGGCGUCUUUUAAUUUCAUGACUGCUGUCACCAUCUGCAGUGAUCAUGGAGCCCAAGAAAGUAAAAUCUCUCACUGCCUCCAAUUCUUCCCCUUCUAUUUGCCAGGAGGUGAUGGGACCAGUGGCCAUGAUCUUCGUUUUUUUGAUGUUGAGCUUCUGAUCAUAUUUUGCGCUCUCCUCUUUCACCCUCAUUAAAAGGUUCUUUAAUUCCUCCUCACUUUCCGCCAUCAAGGUUGUGUCAUCUGCAUAUCUGAGGUUGUUGAUAUUUCUUCCGGCGAUCUUAAUUCCUCCUUGGGAUUCAUCCAGCCCAGCCCUUCGCAUGAUAAAUUCUGCAUAUAGGUUAAAUAAGCAGGGAGACAAUAUACAGCCUUGUCGUACUCCUUUCCCAAUCUUGAACCAAUCAGUUGUUCCAUAUCCAGUUCUAACUGUAGCUUCUUGUCCCACAUAGAGAUUUCUCAGGAGACAGAUGAGAUGAUCAGGCACUCCCAUUUCUUUAAGAACUUGCCAUAGUUUGCUGUGGUCGACACAGUCAAAGGCUUUUGCAUAGUCAAUGAAGCAGAAGUAGAUGUCUUUCUGGAACUCUCUAGCUUUCUCCAUAAUCCAGUGCAUGUUUGCAAUUUGGUCUCUGGUUCCUCUGCCCCUUCAAAAUCCAGCUUGCACUUCUGGGAGUUCUCGGUCCACAUACUGCUUAAGCCUGCCUUGUAGGAUUUUAAGCAUAACCUUGCUAGCGUGUGAAAUGAGUGCAAUUGUGCGGUAGUUGGAGCAUUCUUUGGCACUGCCCUUCUUUGGGAUUGGGAUGUAGACUGAUCUUCUCCAAUCCUCUGGCCACUGCUGAGUUUUCCAAAUUUGCUGGCAUAUUGAGUGUAGCACUUUAACAGCAUCAUUGUUUAAAAUUUUAAAUAGCUCAGCUGGAAUAUCAUCACUUCGACUGGCCUUGUUAUUAGCAAUGCUUUCUAAGGCCCAUUUGACUUCACUCUCCAGUAUGUCUGGCUCAAGGUCAGCAACCACACUAUCUGGGGCGUACGAGACAUCCAUAUCUUUCUGGUAUAAUUCCUCUGUGUAUUCUUGCCACCUCUUCUUGAUGUCUUCUGCUUCUGUUAGGUCCUUACCACUUUUGUCCUUUAUUAUGGUGAUCUUUGUACGAAAAGUCCCUUUCAUAUCUCCAAUUUUCUUCAACAGAUCUCUGGUUUUUCCCAUUUUAUUGUUUUCCUCUAUUUCUUUGCAUUGCUCGUUUAAGAAGGCCUUCUUGUUUCUCCUUGCUAUUUUUUGGAAAUCUGCAUUCAAUUUCCUGUAUCUUUCACUAUCUCUCUCGCAUUUUGCUUGCCUUCUCUCCCCCGCUAUUUGUAAGGCCUCGUUGGAUAGCCACUUUGCUUUCUUGUAUUUCCUUUUCAUUGGGAUGGUUUUAGUUGCUGCCUCCUGUAUAAUGUUACGAGCCUCCAUCCAUAGUUCUUCAGGCACUCUGUCCACCAAAUCUAAAUCCUUAAACCUGUUCCCCACUUCCACUGUAUAUUCAUAAGGGAUUUGACUUAGAUUGUAUCUUACCGGCCCAGUGGUUUUUCCUACUUUCUUCAGUUUAAGCUUGAAUUUUGCUAUAAGAAGCUGAUGAUCUGAGCCACAGUCAGCUCCAGGUCUUGUUUUUGCUGACUGUAUAGAGCUUCUCCAUCUUUGGCUGCAGAGAAUAUAAUCAAUCUGAUUUCGAUGCUGCCCAUCUGGUGAUGUCCAUGUGUAGAGUCAUCUCUUGUGUUGUUGGAAAAGAGUGUUUGUGAUGACCAGCUUUGUUCUCUUGGCAGAACUCUAUUAGCCUUUGCCCUGCUUCAUUUUGAACUCCAAGGCCAAACUUGCCAGUUGCUCCUUUUAUCUCUUGACUUCCUACUUUAGCAUUCCAAUCCCCUAUAAUGAGAAGAACAUCCUUCUUUGGUGUCACUUCUAUAAGGUGUUGUAAGUCUUCAUAGAAUUGGUCAAUUUCAGUUUCUUCAGCACCAGUGGUUGGUGCAUAAACUUGGAUUACUGUGAUGUUAAAAGGUCUGCCUUGGAUUCGUAUCGAGAUCAUUCUAUCAUUUUUGAGAUUGCAUCCCAGUACAGCUUUUGCCACUCUUUUUGUUAGGUAAGAUUUAUUGCUUUACUCUUGUCGUCCAGCACACUUCCCUGCACUCCUCUGCAGGUUGUAAAGCAAUUAGCAGAAUUGCACAGCGUCCGUGUCUGAAAGGGCAGUCAGUAAAUAGGUCCCACACGUUUCUUCUUUCCUAAUAGCACUUUAUUUGCUCAAAAAUAGCAUAUUUACAGUUCAUAUACACCAUCUGAUUCCAGUUGCAUUUUGCGACUCUCUCUCAGCUUGCAGCUGCGUAACAAAGCUGCUUUCACUUUUCACUCAGCUCACAGCAUUCCAAGCUGCUUUCGUCACGUCCUGGCUUACUUCCCUUGUAAGCGCCUCCUCUCAGCCUCGAGACACAGAAGGUUAACCCUUCACUACACCCAACACCCCCUCUUGUCUCGCGCCUGAGGGGAGAAUCGACCCUUGGUCGUCCCAAACCCAGACCUUCACAAAGCUCCCCAUGUCUUUGGAAGGUGAGUGGUUUCGUGAACCCAUCAGCUAGGUUCUUGGCAGAGGGACAAUACUUCAGCGCAACUAAUCCCUCCUGAACACUCUGGCACACAUUCCGAAAGCGAAUGUCUAGGUGUUUCGUUCUGGCCUUGAACUGACCUGACUCUGCCAAACGUAGGCAUGGUUGAUUGUCCUCGAAAACACGUAUCGGCAGACAAUCCACUUCGCAGAGUUCCUGCACCAAACAAGCAUAGAACUCUACUUCUCUGCACACCUCUGAAAGAGCACUAAACUCAGCUUCAGUGGAUGAGAGCGCUAUCAGACUUUGCUUCUUGGACCUCCAUCCAACUACUGAGUUCCCAAACUUCACCACUAGGCCAGACACAGACUUGCGAUCCUCAAGAUUAGCCCAAUCCGAGUCCACAAAGCAAGUCAGUUUGACUUCUCCUUGUGCUGGCAACCUAAGACAAAAGUCUUUGGUCUCCUGCAAAUACCUCAGAACUCUCUUGAUGCCAUUCCAGGCUUGCACACUAGGGUUUGAUGCCUCCCUGCUGAGCAGAUUGACAGCGAACGCUAUAUCAGGUCUGCUCCACUGGGACAAGUACAACAAACUCCCUAGAGCUGACUGAAACACUUCAGUAUUUUCGAACGUAGCGCGUUCUACUUGCUGGCUGUCCUUCACAAAACUAGUCUCCAUAGGACUUCUCACUCCUGCACAAUCACUCAUCCUGAACUUCUGAAGCAACUGCUCAAUUUUACCUCUCUGGCUGAGCAAAAAACUUCCAUCCUGUGCACGCUCAACAUUGACACCUAGAUAGGUUUUGACAGCACCAAGCUGUUUAAGCUUGAAUCGUUUACCUAGCUCUUUGGCAAACUUCUCCGCCUGUUCAUCUGUUUCUGAGACGAAAAGCACGUCAUCAACAAAAAACAACACUAGCUCCUGUGAGUCUCCUGAUCCUCUAAGGAACAGGCAACUGUCAGCAAGACUCUUCCUGAAACCUAGCUUCUCCAAAGCUUCAUUCAGGCACAAGUUCCAAUUCCUGGCCGACUGCUUCAGGCCGUAAAUUGACUUGUGAAGUUUCCACACAGUACCUCGCUCAUUGCCCUCAAACCCUGGAGGAGGAAUCAUGUACAGCUCCUCCUGGAGAUCUGAGUUAAGGUAGGCAACAUCCACAUCAAAGUGGUUUACCUUCCAGCCUCUCUGUGCUGCACAAGCUAAAAGUGUUCUCAGAGUCUCCGCUCGUGACGUUGGCGAAUACACCUCCGUGAAGUGUAUUCCCUUCCUCUGAGUAAAUCCUCGAGCAACUAAUCUGGCUUUAUAUUGCGGCUCUCCUGCGCCAGUGGGUUUCAAGCGGUAAACCCAUCUGGAACUCACAGCCUGCUUCCCCGGUGGCAACUCUGUGAGUGAGAACACACCUAGAUCUUUCAUGGACUUCAUCUCUUUGUCCAUUGCCCUGUGCCAUUUGCCUGCUUCUUCCUCAGGUAAACUCUGAAUAUCCUCAAAGGAUUCAGGUUCACAUCUUGCAGAACCUACCCAGACGCCUGAAGCGCCGUACCGAUCAGGAGGCCUCCUUGUCCUCGCUGAUCUCCUCAGUGUGACUCUUGGUGACCCUGCCGCUUCACUGGGUCCAGCUAAAUCAUCCUCAGUGUCUUCCCCCUCUGACCUGCUGCGCCUCUUGGGCCUUACAGCUGGUCCAGCAGGUGAAGAAGGCUCACUCUUUGGCUCAAACUUGACACUUGCCUGAGGAGGUGUUCUAGGUUUCCCCCUCUGAGGGAUCCUGAGCUGUCCCUGCCUUGGACUCUGUCCCUCUGGACCGUGGUCCCCAGCUCCAAGUUCCUCCUCCUCCUCGUCUGAGUCAUAGAACUGCUGUGGAAGCACGUCUGGAUUAGCGUGCAGACGCUUCCAACCAGCUUGCUCACAGAACUCAGCGCUAUUGCUGAUAACCAACCUAGACUGGUCUCCACUUGGGUACGCAAACCUCCAGGCCUUUGAGCCAGGCUCAUACCCUACAAAGAUCAUCCUUUUAGAUCUUGGCUCACCUUUUUUGCGUAGAGCCUUUGGAAUAAGCACCCAAGCCUCACAACCAAACACACGAAGGUAGUGUACCUUGGGCUUAUCUCCAUGAAGUAAGAAAUACGGUGUAUUUCCUACACUAGGGUUGUACACUCUGUUCUCGGUAUGGACCACAUAGUGCCAGGCCUGAGACCAAAAUUUCUGGGGUAGCCCUGCGUCCCACAGGAUCGCAGACACAGCUUCCUGUACCGUCCUGUUCUUUCUCUCUGCGACCCCAUUCUGUUGCGGAGAGUAAGGAGCGGUCAGUCUGUGGCUAAUCCCCUUCUCCCGAAAGAAAUCCUGUAAAGCAGAACCAGUGAAUUCAGCACCUCUGUCACUUUGAAAACCACGAACUUUGGUGGAAAAGGUUACCUCAACUGCGGUGAUCCAAUCCCUGAUCAUUUUAGCCGCCUCCCCUUUCGUUUUCAGAGAGAAGGUCCAAGCAGACCUUGAAAAAUCAUCAAUCAAAAGCAAAGAAUACUUCGAACCUCCCAGUGACUCAACAGACAUGGGUCCACACAAAUCUGCAUGAAUUAAUUCAAAGGGUUGCGUGGUCUGCCUCUCUGACCUUGGAUAUGAGCAUGUCACAACUUUCGCCUGUUUACAUGCAUUGCAAUCUAGAAAUUUGUCACAAACAUUAAAUUUGCACCCUUGUGUCAGCUCUGGUGCUUUCUGCAGAGAUCUCCAAUUCAAAUGAGCGAAGCGUCGGUGCCAAAUAUGUAAACAACCAUAGUGGGGUGCUACGUUCACACAUUGGCCCUUCGCAUCUUCGGUGUCAUCCUCUCCUGUGGAAAAAGGCACAUUUACAGCAAACAAAUUAUCUUUAGACUGCACUGUGUACACGUGUUUCCCAUCCUUGGAAAAUUCACAUUUGUCACCUGCAAAAGAAAUUUGAAAAUUAUCAAUCAAUAGAUCAUGCACACUUAACAAACAGUUAGUUAAACCGGGCACUGCAUAAGCUUUGACUUCAUGCUUAAGGAAAGGACAGAAGAACAAUCCUGUUUCUGUCAGCCUUUUUCUGCUUCCAUCUGCAAACUUAACAAACUUCUCAGUUUUUACUGUCCUGCAAUUCCUCAAAAGAUCAGCAGAUGGCACUAGCGAAUUUGAGGCACCACUGUCGAUGAUUAUAGUGAGAAAGUCUUGUUGUUUACAUUCCUGGGUCGCCAGGGCAACAAUCUCCUCACUACCCCCCUCCUUGGGGCUUCUGCAGAUGUCCUCUCUGGUUGUCACGGCAACAGACUCCCCCCGGCAGGAAGACUUGCCCACGACCUUCACAGCUUCCGUAGAUGCAACUCUCUCAGUUGCCAUGGAGACUGGACUUGUCUCGGCGUUCCCACACAACUCUGAAGCUCUUAUCUCUACUUGCUGCAGGUGGCUGACCUUGAAGCCUCUAGCACUUUUCAGCUUCCCAGGCUCCGACUUACGACGUAAACAACUCUUGGCAGCUUUUGGAGAAAGAGGUGUCUCUGAGCUUUCACUGCUCACUGCCCCCCCACUGCUCAUGGGGUCUCCAGGACAUUUUUCUGCACCCCCUCUGAAGGGUGGAGGGCUCUCAACACUUGGCCUCUCUUCACACAGACACGUUGCAGCAUCCACACAGCUCCCAGGCUCCACAAAAGCACAAGCAGCAUUGCUAGCAACAACAACAGCAACAGCAACAGUCCCUUCGCCCCCCUGUGGGGGCUCACAGCACCUCCCAGCUGUGCAUCGGCACUCAAGGAUGUGGCCGGCGCCAUCUUGCCUCUCCCUUUCGGAUGCAGCCACUUCUCGGCCCUUGCUUCCCACUCCAGCUCCACAAGCUUCUUGGAGUGCUAGCCAAGCAGCCUCUGGCUUUCUUGCACCCAGGACAACAGGCACCAGAUGAGCAUCCACACUUUCUGCCAAAAAAGCAAGCACAUGCUUCUCUACUUCACUUUGCUCUGCAGCCCUUUUAGCCUCUGCUUUCCCAGCUGCAUUCUGUGUGGGGUGAAUUACAUUCCACAGCUGCUCCCCCACCAGCAAAAGCUCCACUUGAAAGCUCCACUGCAGCCAAUUUUGGCUAGUCAGUCUCUGACAUGGCAGCUUAAGCUCAAAGCCAUGCUCACAGGGCUGAGCCAUUCCUCCCUUCUGUUGGCUUUUCCCAAAGGUACUCACUCAGCCAAACUGGGACCUCCGGACGUCAUGGCUCUUGGCUCCCACUCUCUGUCAGCCUCCUCCGAUCUGCCUCUUUGAAGUCUCCGGCAGUCGAUCAAACUGACGAUCAGCAGAUAAAACUUCAAAGCCCUUUCUGACACUUCACGUUGACCCAUAACCAUGUUAGGUAAGAUUUAUUGCUUUACUCUUGUCGUCCAGCACACUUCCCUGCACUCCUCUGCAGGUUGUAAAGCAAUUAGCAGAAUUGCACAGCGUCCGUGUCUGAAAGGGCAGUCAGUAAAUAGGUCCCACACGUUUCUUCUUUCCUAAUAGCACUUUAUUUGCUCAAAAAUAGCAUAUUUACAGUUCAUAUACACCAUCUGAUUCCAGUUGCAUUUUGCGACUCUCUCUCAGCUUGCAGCUGCGUAACAAAGCUGCUUUCACUUUUCACUCAGCUCACAGCAUUCCAAGCUGCUUUCGUCACGUCCUGGCUUACUUCCCUUGUAAGCGCCUCCUCUCAGCCUCGAGACACAGAAGGUUAACCCUUCACUACACCCAACACUUUUGUUGACUAUGAAGGCCACGCCAUUUCUUUUACGGGAUUCUUGCCCACAGUAGUAGAUAUGAUAGUCAUCCGAACUGAAGUCGCCCAUUCCCGUCCAUUUUAGUUCACUGAUGCCCAAGAUGUCAAUAUUUAUUCUUGCCAUCUCAUUUUUGACCACAUCCAAUUUACCAAGGUUCAUAGUUCUUACAUUCCAGGUUCCUAUGCAGUAUUUUUCUUUACAGCAUUGGACUUUCCUUUCGCUUCCAGGCAUAUCCGCAACUGAGCGUCCUUUUGGCUUUGGCCCAGCCGCUUCAUCAGCUCUGAAUCUACUUGUACUUGUCCUCCGCUCUUCCUCAGUAGCAUGUUCCGACCUGAGGGGCUCAUCUUCCAGCGUCAUAACUUUUAUAUGCCUGUUGCCUUUGUCCAUGGAGUUUUCUUGGCAGGGAUACUGGAGUGGCUUGCCGGUUCCUGCUCCAGGUGGAUCACGUUUGGUCAAAACUCUCCACUAUGACCUGUCCAUCUUGGGUGGCCCUGCACGGCAUAGCUCAUAGUUUCUCUGAGUUAUUCAAGAGCAUUGUGUAGCAGAUCAUAUUUCUGCUGUUUCAGAGAAGGACAUUUCCCUUUUUCUUUUAGGGUCCAGUGUGCUUUGAAGAUGUUGCUGUUCGUUUCACGGACGAGGAGUGGGCGAUGCUGGAUCCUGACCAGAGAGCUCUGCAUAAGGACGUCAUGGAGGAGAAUUGUGGGAUAUUGGCCUCUCUUGGUAAGGCUCCCUGUGGGAUCGUCAUAUCAGCCCGGAAAUUCAAAAAAUACCUCUAUGUGACCAACCUCAUAUAUUUUCACAGAGCUCAACAGCACCCCCUAUAACACCUGGGAACCUAACACCCUCACAAUAGAGUUAAUUACAGUUUUUUCUUUGAACAACCUUCCUCAAAUUAUUCCUUUUUCUACCACAAUUGGGCUGGUCUGAACUUCCCAGGCCAUCUUCAAUGUCAGCUUCAGAAUUGUUAGGAAAAAUAAGUAGCUUCAGGUUUUUGUUUUUGUUUUUGCUCCUGUCAGUCUUGGGUUGACCAAAGAGACGACUGGCAGCGAAGCUCAGGUGCUGCCAGCCAGAGAAGAAGCAGGCCUAGGGAGAGGAGAGUUAGCAGCGGAAGGCAGAGAGGAGGGGAAGAGGAACUGUCAUCUGAGCUCUGAACAAGGGGGAGAAGAAAAAGAGAGACAGAGUGGCAGACAGCUGUGUGAGAGCUACAGGAGUGAGUCAGACGUUGGAAUGCAGGAAGCAUUCUCUGCCAAAUUUAAAGAUACUGGAAGAGAAGGUGGGGGCUUCCAUGCUGGGGAAGGGGGAGGAGCUCAGUCCGGGCAACUCCAUCUUGUGGGGAGGAUGAUGAGUAGAGGACCUCCGUCCAAGUUUGUUGUUUUAGCAAUAAAUCUGAAAUUAUUAACAGCCAGAGUCGUCUCAUGACCAAGCCAUAGCAAGGACUGACCAAGCCAUAGCAAGGACUGGAGAUGGAGGAGAUGCCAUGACUGGGCCAAACAAAAUCCAUCCCAGAGAAGAGCUAGGCUUAUGGACUCUCAGGUAGUAGUAGCAGUGAUGAGGAUGAGGAUGAGGAUGAUACAGUGGUACCUCGGUUUACAAAUUAAGCUUUUCCAGAACAGGUACCACUGUAGUAAUAAUAAUAAUUUUAUUUCUACCCUGCCCAUAAUAAUAAUAAUAAUAAUAAUCUGAUUCCAUAUAAAAAGAACAUUAACUUUAAAAUGAACAACUUAUACUAGUGGCCAAAAUUGUGGAAACUUUUUGUGAAAAGUGUAUUUCUGAGGUUUGAUGGCUCAUAACUCCACCUUUGUGUGGAAUAAUGCCAUAAAAUUAUAUAGCGAUGGAAAGAUAUUUUAAUGAAGAAUGUAAUGCAAUGACUUUUAUGAAGGAGUAUUUAUUAGAACAGCAGUCGUAAAGAAAAAAUGUGAAAUCUUUGGUAAUCAUUGGUAACCAUUAGCUUUUACUACUGCCUUACAAUGCCUUCCCAUGAAGUGAACCAAGUUUUUAGUUCUGCAACUGUAAGAAUGUGAAACCAAGAUUGAAUUAUUGCCUCUGUUCACUGGGCUUUAUUGCUGGGUUAUUUCUGACUAACAAGUUUCUUUCAAGUAUUUCAUUUAUGUAUUUGGGGGAAUUUACAUUCCCAUUAAUGAUGCAAAUUCUGCCCACACCUUUUGCUGCCAUACAACCCCAGAUCAUCACACUAUCUGGGUGUUUCAUGGUCAGUGUAAUGCAAGUCGGAUGUAAAUCUUCUCUGAUUCUUCUUGUGUAUUUCAUGCUGUCACUACCAAGCAAGGAGAUUUGGGUCUCAUCCCUCCAAAUAACACUGUCCCAUUGUUCCACUGUCCAGUGGAACAAUGGGAUUUUACUUUCUUGGGCUCCAUGAUCACUGCAGAUGGUGAUAGCAGUCACGAAAUUAAAAGACGCCUGCUCCUUGGGAGAAAGGCGAUGGCAAACCUAGACAGCAUAUUAAAAAGCAGAGACAUCACCUUGCCAACAAAGGUCCGUAUAGUUAAAGCCAUGGUUUUCCCAGUAGUAAUGUAUGGAAGUGAAAGCUGGACCAUAAAGAAGGCUGAUCGCCGAAGAAUUGACGCUUUUGAAUUAUGGUGCUGGAGGAGACUCUUGACAGUCCCAUGGACUGCAAGAAGAUCAAACCUCUCCAUUCUUAAGGAAAUCAGCCCUGAGUGCUCACUGGAAGGACAGAUCGUGAAGCUGAGACUCCAAUACUUUGGCCACCUUAUGAGAAGAGAAGACUCCCUGGGAAAGAUCCUGAUGUUGGGAAAGAUGGAGGGCACAAGGAGAAGGGGACGACAAAGGACGAGAUGGUUGGACAGUGUUCUUGAAGUGACAAACAUGAGUCUGACCAAGCUGCGGGAGGCAGUGGAAGACAGGGGUGCCUGGCGUGCACUGGUCCAUGGGGUCACGAAGAGUUGGACACGACUAAACGACUAAACAACAACAAUCUUUUCAACCUUUGCUUGAGAGAUAACAAUGGCUUUUUCCUUAGAAUUCUAACAUUUUGACCAGUCCUUGUACUCAACUUCACAUUGCAUCUCGCCAUGUCAUCUUGUAUACACCAAGAUGAUUUUCUUCUGUCAGGUAGGGACAGUCUCUCCAUUCUUCGAUCGUCACUUGCCUUUGUGCACCUUUUCCUGCCUUUACCAGUCUGAUUUUGUAGUGACUGAGUCUCCUUAUACCUCUUCAAAAAUAUAGAAAGGCCAGCUUUGGUUAUGUUUUCCCCAAUCUCUCUUCAAAUUUCUUCAUAAUUGUAGCCUUGUUCACUUAAUAGUACUAUUUUACAUCGCUUUCUGCGUGACCCAUCAACUCUUCUUGCCAUUUCUAUAAUUUUAUUGUGUUUUACAACCUCACUAAAUGAAAGAACACAAGAAAACCCAACCAACUUGAUAGCAAUCACAUAACACAUUGACAAAAGUCAACCUAAGCAAGUUGUGCUUCCUUUUUCUGGUUAUUUGACUAUAACAUUUGAUAAAAUACGGGUAAUUGAAUGAACUUGCAUUCUUGAUGGAUUGCAUUCUUGAUUAAAUUAUCUUUCCAUUGAUAUACAAUUUUAUGUUAUUCCUAUAAAAGAAGUGGUGUUAUGAGCCAUCAAACCUCUGAAAUACACUUUUUUCCAAAAGUCUUCCACAAUUUUGACCACUACUAUAUAUUAAACAAACCAACAUUCAACAACUCAUCAGAAUUGUUGAAUGAUAAAUAAUAAAUAUGAAUAAUAAAUAUGUUGGUUAAUGACAAAAAGCACAGGUAAUGAAAACCCCCCUAACUUCCUUCAUUUCUUCUCCAUUUGUUCCUGAGGCUCUAAUCCCUUGUUGUCUCCAUUGCAGAUUGUGAUGAAUCGGAAAUCGAGAACAAAGGUGACCACGAUAAAAUCCCCAGAGAGGAGAAGCCAUGUAAAAAUUUGGAAUGUGGAGAAAGCUGCAGCCAGAGCUCCCAUUCCACUUCCCAUCAACAAAAUCUCAUUGGAAAGAAACUCUAUCAGUGCAUGGAAUGUGGAAAAAGCUUCAGUCAGAGCUCCCAUCUCACUACCCAUCGAAGAAUUCAUACAGGGGAGAAACCCUAUCAGUGUGUGGAAUGUGGAAAGAGCUUCAGGAAGAACUCCCAUCUCACUUCCCAUCGAAGAAUUCAUACAGGGGAGAAACCCUAUCAGUGUGUGGAAUGUGGAAAGAGCUUCAGGAAGAAGGACAAACUCACUUCCCAUCGAAGAAUUCAUACAGGGGAGAAACCCUAUCAGUGUGUGGAAUGUGGAAAGAGCUUCAGUCAGAGCACCUAUCUCACUUCCCAUCAAAGAAUUCAUACAGGGGAGAAACCCUAUCAGUGUGUGGAAUGUGGAAAGAGCUUCAGUCACAGUCAGAGUCUCACUUCCCAUCAAAGAGUUCAUACAGGGCAGAAACCCCAUCAGUGUGUGGAAUGUGGAAAGAGCUUCAGUCAGAGCUCCGAACUCACUCACCAUAAGCGAAUUCAUACAGGGGAGAAACCCUAUCAGUGUGUGGAAUGUGGAAAGAGCUUCAGUCGGAGCUCCUCUCUCACUUCCCAUCAAAGAAUUCAUACAGGGGAGAAACCCUAUCAGUGUGUGGAAUGUGGAAAGAGCUUCACUGUUAGCUCCGCUUUCACUUCCCAUCAAAGAAUUCAUACAGGGGAGAAACCCUAUCAGUGUGUGGAAUGUGGAAAGAGCUUCACUGUUAGCUCCGCUUUCACUUCCCAUCAAAGAAUUCAUACAGGAGAAAAACCCUAUCAGUGUGUGGAAUGUGGAAAGAGCUUCAGUCAGAACUCCCAUCUCACUUCCCAUCAAAGAAUUCAUACAGGGGAGAAACCCUAUCAGUGUGUGGAAUGUGGAAAGAGCUUCAGUCAGAACUCCCAUCUCACUUCCCAUCAAAGAAUUCAUACAGGGGUGAAACCCUAUCAGUGUGUGGAAUGUGGAAAGAGGUUCAGGACACGCUAUGAACUCACUUCCCAUCAAAGAAUUCAUACAGGGGAGAGGAUCAAGCGGGUUUCCUACCUGGCUGACAGAUGA